AUGAGCGUGGAGGCAUACGGGCCCAGCUCGCAGACUCUCACUUUCCUGGACACCGAGGAGGCCGAGCUUCUCGGCGCCGACACACAAGGCUCCGAGUUCGAGUUCACAGACUUCACCCUCCCCAGCCAGACGCAGACGCCUCCCGGAGGCCCCGGCGGCCCCGGAGCUGGCGGCCCGGGGGUCCCGGUCGGCGCGGGUGCUGGCGCUGCUGCCGGACAACUUGACGUUCAGGUUGGAGGACCUGAGGGCAUCCUGCAGAAUGGGGCUGUGGAUGACAGUGUGGCCAAGACCAGCCAGUUGCUGGCCGAGUUGAACUUCGAAGAAGAUGAAGAAGAUACCUAUUACACAAAGGACCUACCAGUACAUGCCUGCAGUUACUGCGGAAUACAUGAUCCUGCUUGCGUGGUUUACUGUAAUACCAGCAAGAAGUGGUUCUGUAAUGGACGUGGAAAUACUUCUGGCAGCCACAUUGUAAAUCACCUUGUGAGGGCAAAAUGCAAAGAGGUGACUCUGCACAAGGAUGGGCCCCUUGGUGAGACAGUCCUGGAGUGUUACAACUGUGGCUGCCGCAACGUUUUCCUGCUUGGCUUCAUCCCUGCCAAGGCUGAUUCAGUGGUGGUGCUGUUGUGCAGGCAGCCCUGUGCCAGUCAGAGCAGCCUCAAGGACAUCAACUGGGACAGCUCGCAGUGGCAGCCCCUAAUCCAGGAUCGCUGCUUCCUCUCCUGGCUGGUCAAGAUCCCUUCCGAGCAGGAGCAGCUUCGGGCCCGGCAGAUUACCGCCCAGCAGAUCAACAAGUUGGAGGAGCUUUGGAAGGAGAAUCCUUCUGCCACCUUGGAGGACCUAGAGAAGCCCGGAGUGGAUGAGGAGCCGCAGCAUGUCCUCCUGCGGUAUGAAGAUGCCUACCAGUACCAGAACAUAUUUGGGCCUCUGGUCAAGCUGGAGGCUGACUAUGACAAGAAACUGAAAGAGUCACAGACUCAAGAUAACAUCACGGUCAGGUGGGACCUGGGCCUUAACAAGAAGAGAAUCGCCUACUUCACUUUACCCAAGACUGACUCUGGUAAUGAGGAUUUAGUCAUAAUUUGGUUAAGAGAUAUGCGGCUCAUGCAAGGCGAUGAGAUAUGCCUGCGGUACAAAGGGGACCUGGCGCCCCUGUGGAAAGGGAUUGGCCACGUCAUCAAGGUCCCUGAUAAUUAUGGCGAUGAGAUUGCCAUUGAGCUGCGGAGCAGUGUGGGUGCACCUGUGGAGGUGACCCAUAACUUCCAGGUGGAUUUUGUGUGGAAGUCCACCUCAUUUGACAGAAUGCAGAGUGCACUGAAGACUUUUGCGGUCGAUGAAACUUCUGUAUCAGGCUAUAUCUACCAUAAGCUGCUUGGCCAUGAGGUGGAGGAUGUAAUCAUCAAGUGCCAGCUGCCCAAGCGCUUCACUGCACAGGGGCUGCCUGACCUCAACCACUCUCAGGUUUACGCUGUGAAGACUGUGCUGCAAAGACCGCUGAGCCUGAUACAGGGGCCGCCAGGAACAGGGAAGACAGUGACCUCCGCCACCAUUGUCUACCACCUGGCACGGCAGGGCAAUGGGCCUGUGCUCGUCUGUGCUCCAAGUAACAUAGCUGUGGAUCAGCUGACUGAGAAGAUCCACCAGACUGGGCUCAAAGUUGUGCGGCUCUGUGCUAAGAGUCGCGAGGCCAUUGACUCCCCGGUGUCAUUCCUGGCCCUACACAACCAGAUCAGGAACAUGGAUAGCAUGCCAGAGCUGCAGAAGCUGCAGCAGCUGAAGGACGAGACUGGGGAGUUGUCAUCUGCCGAUGAGAAGCGGUACCGAGCCCUGAAGCGCACAGCUGAAAGGGAGUUGCUCAUGAAUGCGGACGUCAUCUGCUGCACGUGUGUGGGUGCAGGGGACCCCAGGCUUGCCAAGAUGCAGUUCCGCUCCAUUCUUAUCGACGAGAGCACCCAGGCCACGGAGCCAGAGUGCAUGGUCCCUGUGGUCCUUGGAGCCAAGCAGCUGAUCCUUGUGGGUGACCACUGCCAGCUGGGCCCCGUGGUGAUGUGCAAGAAGGCAGCCAAGGCCGGGCUGUCUCAGUCACUGUUUGAGCGCCUGGUGGUGCUCGGCAUUCGUCCAAUCCGCCUGCAAGUUCAGUAUCGGAUGCACCCUGCACUCAGUGCCUUCCCUUCCAACAUCUUCUACGAGGGCUCUCUGCAGAACGGUGUCACUGCAGCGGAUCGAGUGAAGAAGGGGUUUGACUUCCAGUGGCCCCAACCUGAUAAGCCGAUGUUCUUCUAUGUGACCCAGGGCCAGGAGGAGAUCGCCAGUUCGGGUACCUCCUACCUGAACAGGACGGAGGCUGCAAAUGUUGAGAAGAUCACCACAAAGCUGCUGAAGGCAGGAGCCAAGCCGGACCAGAUUGGCAUCAUCACACCCUAUGAGGGCCAGCGCUCCUACCUGGUGCAGUACAUGCAGUUCAGCGGCUCCCUGCACACCAAGCUGUACCAGGAGGUGGAGAUUGCCAGUGUGGAUGCAUUCCAGGGCCGUGAGAAGGACUUCAUCAUCCUUUCCUGUGUGCGAGCCAACGAGCACCAAGGCAUCGGGUUUUUAAAUGACCCCAGGCGGCUUAACGUGGCCCUGACCCGAGCCAGAUAUGGGGUCAUCAUUGUGGGCAACCCUAAGGCCCUGUCCAAGCAGCCCCUGUGGAACCACCUGCUGAAUUACUACAAGGAGCAGAAGGUGCUGGUGGAGGGGCCCCUGAAUAACCUGCGGGAAAGCCUCAUGCAGUUCAGCAAGCCCCGGAAGCUGGUCAACACCAUCAACCCUGGAGCCCGCUUCAUGACCACAGCUAUGUAUGAUGCCCGGGAGGCCAUCAUCCCAGGAUCCGUCUACGAUCGGAGCAGCCAGGGCCGACCCUCGAACAUGUACUUCCAGACCCAUGACCAGCUCGGCAUGAUCAGUGCUGGCCCCAGCCAUGUGGCUGCCAUGAACAUUCCCAUCCCCUUCAACCUGGUCAUGCCACCCAUGCCACCUCCAGGGUAUUUUGGACAAGCUAAUGGGCCAGCUGCAGGCCGAGGCACCCCAAAAGGCAAGACGGGCCGUGGUGGACGCCAGAAGAACCGCUUUGGCCUUCCUGGGCCCAGCCAGACGAACCUGCCCAGCAGCCAGGCCAGCCAGGAUGUGGCAUCACAGCCCUUCUCUCAGGGGGCCCUGACACAGGGCUACAUCUCCAUGAGCCAACCCUCCCAGAUGAGCCAGCCUGGUCUCUCCCAGCCCGAGCUGUCCCAGGACAGUUACCUUGGUGAUGAAUUUAAGUCCCAAAUUGAUGUGGCGCUGUCGCAAGAUUCCACGUACCAGGGAGAGCGGGCGUACCAGCAUGGUGGAGUGACGGGGCUGUCGCAGUACUAG